AGGGGACAGUGGGUUUUCUGUUGUUGUCCUGUUUUGAAGCCCCUCCGUCCUGGCAUCCUGCUGCAUCCCUCCACUCUCUCUUCUUCUUCCUUUCUUUCUUUCUUUCUCCUCCCUCCACAGCGGGACUCUUCCUCGACAGGCUCCUGUCAGGUCGGCGGCGUUCAGUCUUUUGGGAGCUCCGUAGAAGCCAGAAACCAUGCUGACGUUUUUGGCGCUGGCGUCGGUUGUCCUCCUGGGAAUAGUGCCUGAGCAGUCCCAGGCCAUAGUGAUUUACACCGGCUGGGAACGUCAUGCCCUCCUGGGCUCCGACAUCCGGCUGUCCUGCUCCUUCUUCUCCUGGCGCUGGACCUCGGAGGACGUCACCUUCUCCUGGACGUACAGACCCGAUGGCUCCCGGGACAGCAUCUCUAUCUUCCACUACACCGGCGGUGUUGCCUACGUUGACAACAAGGGCCCGUUCAGGGACAGACUGGAGUUUGUGGGGAACCCCGGCCGCCGCGACGGCUCCAUCCUGCUCAAAAACCUGGAGUUCAGCGACAACGGCACCUUCACCUGCGACGCCAAGAACCCCCCUGACAUAGUGGGCCGGCCCUCCAGCGUCCGCCUGCUGGUGUUUGAGAAAGUGCCCAUCCAGGCUGGCGUGAUCACAGGAGCCAUCAUCGGGGUGGUGCUGGGCCUGCUGGUGCUCAUUGUGGUCAUCUACUACCUGAUGAGGUUCCUGGUGGCGCGUCGCGUCUUCAGCCUCAGCGUCAGCAAACAUGGCAAGAAAAAGAAAGAGGGAUCACAGCAGAGACAGGGCCCCGCGCCUCCCGCCGAUCCCUCCAAGGUGAAGGCGGCCGCUUCGGAAAAGAAGAAGCAGGAGUCACGCAAGGAUAAGAAAUAGGAUUCGGGGAAGGGCUGGGGCCGGCUCGCCGACCGGCUGCUCCAGCCCGUUCGCCAGGCGGUGGCGAGAACCCAGCCCAAGCAGCAGCAGAAGCAGCAGCAGCAAACCGUAGUCAGGAAGACAGAGAGGGUUGGGGGAGGAGGCGGGGAGGAGGGCCGGGUUCUGAUGACCAUCGAGCUGGAGCUGACCCGCAGCAACGGGGAGGAGGGGCCCGGCGGCGAGAGAGGAGGAGGAGGGCCGGGGAGGUCCAAACCGCUCGGCCUCCUCUCCCGUCUCGCCAAUCAGCUCACUUUCAAACAAUAGGGGGGCCGAGGGGGGAGGCAUUGGGGAAGUCUGCCGAGGAGACGACGGGAGAGUUAAAACCACGAAGCUACUUUACGCCCACCGCAACCUGAAGUCCCCAGGAUAAAUGAGUCAAAUCAUAUCUGCUCUUGUCACAGGCUGAUGAGUGUAGACGCAGCUAUAUGGGCCCAGAUCUAAGAUGUCGUGAUAAUCUCUUACACCAGCCGGCACCCCGAGUACUUUUGUCAGGUCAUAAGAUAUGCCAUUUGAAGCGAGACCUUAAGACGGCUGGGUUUGAUAACAAAAUCUAAAAAGCCGCUCCCCGGGUUUUUGCCUUUCUGGUUUCCUUUCAUUGUGAUCCUAUCCGCCGAAAAAGCUUUCUCCAAGUGCGUCCGAUACGCAUCGCGAAUCCCCAGCUGCGGGGACAAGCCAAUUUGCUUUUCUCAGCGGCGACGCGUCAAAACUUCCUCUCCUCACUCUCAUCUUCAUCCCUUUUCCUCCCUGCUCCUAUCCCGUGCCUUCCUCCUGUCACUGUGCAUAUCCUGACUUUCUUGUUAAUUCAAAUUACAGAAGUGAUUUAUAUGCUAACUGCUCUAUCCUGUUUCUCUUCCUCUCUCACUUCCCUUACCCUUGUCUUCUUCCUCCUGUAGAUAAAGGUCUGACUUCUCCAUGACUGCCUCCACUCCUCUAGUCUGCUCCCUCCUUUUCUGCCCAGCCUGAUGCAACCCCCAUUAUUUCCCAUUAUCUCUACUCUUUCAAGACAGCACUGGCUGUAAGAAUAGUCCCUACUAUAUCAGUGGCAAGAGUGUCAAAUAAUUUUUACAACGCCUCAUCGGAGAUCCUGUAUGCACUCAUUGGGCAAACUGUAAAACUGUUUAAGGCCUAACUACGCACAUAACUUCCUUAAGAGGAACCCGACAGACAUCCUUCUGUGUUUAGAGUCCCCUGAAUCUUUCAACCCCGUAAUGUUUACGACUCAAUCACACACAGCGAGCGGAGCUGUGAGUGCACUCUGGACUUCAGAUAGAGUAAAAAAAAAAAAAAAAAGUGAGACGACAGGGAGGGAGAGGAGAGUGAUGGUGGGAGAGAAAUAUGAUUCCUGCUCUCGGCCGGCGCAGAUAGAGGUUCAAGCCCUCGAGCUCGUGGGUGAUUCAAUCCUCUCACAUUUGAGCUAAUGGAGGUUGUCGCCGUGUCCCUGCCCUGGCUAAAGGGGGCUAUUUCUGGCCCCUAUAAGAGUACGGGGCUUACUGUAACAGCUGCACAUUUUUCAGCCAGCACGGGAAGCAUGGGAGGAAGAAGUGAGCGGCGGAGGGGAGGGGAGGGCGAGUAUUGGCGGGCGGUGGUUGGUGGUUUGCGCAUGAGGCUGUUCGCUGUUGACUCGACGGCCGGCGACUGACGAACCUGGAAUGACGUCACGGCCCUCCGAGGGGAUGGCAGACGCUCUCAGGAGUCCCACAUAAAACGGGAGCUUACCGGGAAGAAGGUGCAGCUUCUGAGUUAUUUUAGGUCCAGUUAAUCCGCUUGCACGUUUCUUCCUCGGCUAAUUAUUUUAGUGCGUGCUGGUAACAAGAUAUCUCUCCCUACAUCUCUCUCACUGCCGCCUCUUGCUGCCUCUGUUGUUCACUCUUCAUUCCCUCUUGCUCCCAUCUUGGGGAAUCAUCUCCUUCCCCGUUUUUUGCUCCCUCCGUCUCCCUUUAUCUCGUCCUCUUCCUGCCGUCUAGUCACUCUGCACUGCAUUAUUCCCCCACAGAAAAGGCCUAUACACAAUCCACUCCACUCUUUAAGCCUCUCCUUAUCUGACUGCCAGGCCUACAGCUCAAUGCUCCUCUCUCUUUUCUGUCCUUCCUCCUUCUUCUCUUUUCUCAAACUCGGUGGUGGACAUCUCUCUCUCUCUCUCUCCUCCCCUCCUCCGUCUUCGCCAAUGAUCGACGAACGCCCUCUCGUUUGCCCUUCAAAUGCCACCUCCCCUUGAGGCAUGUCCCCUUGCCAGCCAGCCUUAGUUCCUUCCGUCCGUCCUUCUCCGGCCCUUCACUGUCUAGUUUCUGCUGGUUCGAAAGCCAAAACGCUCUCCUCUGCCUCCCACUGGCAGGGGAGAGAAAACACAUGGGCAGAAAUCCGCCUUUUAGCCCUCACUGAAGACGCCAAAAGGAAACUUAUAAUCUAGCUAGCUCUCUUCCGGUCGCAAAGUCCGAUGCAUGUUUUAUGUAUAUGUGUGUCUUGUUACAGAGUGAUGAGAUUUGAUAUAAAGCAAAAAAAAAAAAGUUCAAAACAAGCAGUACGUCACCCUAAGUAAAGCAAAUAAUGUUUUUUUUGGAGACAUCUUUUCACAUGUGUACGCAAGAGAACACGUGGAGAACAUGUUCGUCAAGGCAGGAUAGAAAUAUAAUUGUAUUCUGUGGGAUGUGCCAUUAUGUUUCUGACCUUGUGUGUUAUGGACGGUGCUGUGUGGCUGCCUCUUCGGUUUGUGUUUUUAUCCCGAGACGAAGGGGGAAAUCGAGGAUGUUGCGCGGUGUCAGAGAGAAGAUGAGGGAUUGGAUAAGGGUUUAGUUAGCCUCAGAUUCCGCACGACGUGGCCGGGGAGAGAAAUAAACGGGCGAGGGAGGCGCUUGCUGUGGGAGAAAGCUUUGGAGGAAGAGACUUAUCUGGCAUGUUAAGCCCAGCCAAAAAUCCAUAUGUAUCACUUCAGAUAGAAGCUGCUCUUCCCCCAGAGCUUUCUUUUAAAGGUGCUCCUUCCCCGCCAACCCUGAGCCAAAGAUGGAUUGCGAUCUGCGAGCUUGAUAUGCAGGGUGGAUAGUGUAGACUUGAAUGUUCCUUUAAAAUUCAUAACAGGAAUGGAGGUGCUAAAAAAAAAAUCCACACUUUAUAACUGGAGACCUGUUUCACUAGUCGCUGUUUAACUAUCCAGUCAAAUGGAUUAGUUAGAAUGUUUUCUUCUUUUUCAUUAAAAAAAACACACAAAAAAGCCACACAGACACCUGACAUAAGACAAACAGCAUUAAAAAAAACACAUUGCCUUUUAAAAGUGUUCUGUUUGUAUGUAUUAUGAACUGUAUUAGACGUAGUUGCACGAUAACAUUCCUUCAUUUGAAAUGACUGGAGCUUCUUACAUUUUUUUACAUUUAUUUUAAUGCUUGUGAUAAUUCCACUGCACUAACUACUUUCGAUGACUCUGUAUAAUAUGUUGUAAAGAGAACGUAAAUAAAAAUAAAAGCCCCAAGCGCAGCUGUUGUCGACAGAAGACAAAGUAAACCCAGCUGAAAAUG